AUGCCACAAAAAUGCAAGGAUCUAGGAGUUUUCACCAUUCCAUGUAUGAUAGGGGAGAGUAGUUUUGAAGAUGCUAUGCUAGAUCUUGGAGCAUCCAUUAAUGUUAUGCUGAAAUCAGUGUUCCAAGCUCUUGGAAUUGGACCUCUUCAGUCAACAGGGGUCGUGAUUCAAUUGAUGAACAGAAGUUUUGCUCAUCCAGUAGGAGUGAUUGAAGAUGUGCUGGUAAAGGUUAAGGAACUAAUUUUCCCUGCAGAUUUUUAUGUUUUGGAUAUGGAGGGUGAUACAAAGUCGAGCCAUGUACCCAUAAUUCUUGGAAGGCCAUUUCUGAAAACAGUGAAGACUAAGAUUGAUGUUCAUGCUGGGACUUUAUCAAUGGAGUUUAGGGAUACUAUUGUCCGGUAUAACAUUCUAGAGGCUAUGAGAUAUCCAGUAGAGGAUCAUUCUUUGUUGAAUGUUGAAUUAUUUGAUGAGCUGGAGGACAAUUUGGAUAGUUAUUUUUUGGAAUUCACUACACUUUCUGAUGAAGAGUUGGAUGUAACUGAAGAUGUCCAUUUCGAGCAGGAAGAUUCUGUUCCAGUAAUCAAAGAGUAUGAAGGAGUUUGCAUGAUAGAGUUGGAACAUGAAAAAGAUCUUCCAUCUACUGUGCAUCCACCGAAACUGGAGUUAAAGGUUCUUCCGAACCAUUUAAAGUAUGCUUACUUGAGGAAAGACGAGCAGCUACCAGUAAUCAUCUCUAAGGAUCUUGAGCCCAGACAAGAAGAGAGAUUGUUAGAUGUUUUAAGGCAUAAUCAAAAAGCAAUUGGUUGGACUUUGGCAGAUUUAACUGGAAUUAGUUCUGCUAUUUGCACACAUAGGAUUUUAUUGGAGGAAGAUGUUAAACCUGUACGUCAACCACAAAGAAGACUAAACCCACUUAUUCUUGAUGUAGUUAAGAAAGAGGUUGUGAAGUUACUACAAGCUGGGAUUAUCUAUCCUAUUUCAGAUAGUAAAUGGGUAAGUCCAGUGCAGGUGGUGCCAAAGAAGUCAGGAGUUACUGUUGUAGCAAAUAGACAGAAUGAAUUAAUUCCCACAAGGAUGUUGGAGAGGUUGGCAGGGAAGACACACUAUUGUUUUUUAGAUGGUUAUACAGGGUAUUCCCAUAUUUGCAUAGCACCUGAAGAUCAGGAGAAGACUACCUUUACAUGUUCCUUUGGAACUUUUGCUUAUAGGAAAAUGCCAUUUGGGUUAUGUAAUGCUCCAGGUACAUUUCAGAGGCAUGGCAUAGUAUUGGGUCAUAUUGUUUCUGAAAAGGGUAUUGAAGUGGAUCCAGCUAAGAUUAAUGCUAUAAUUGCUUUAUCUUUUCCUACAUGUGUGCGGGAAGUUCGAUCUUUCCUGGAACAUGCAGGUUUUUAUAGAAGAUUCAUUAGAGACUUUAGUGCUAUUGCUUUACCUUUAUCGCGACUGCUGCAAAAAGUUGUGGAGUUUGUUUUUGAUGAAAAAUGCAAGGAAGCUUUUAAUAAACUCAGGGAAGCUCUUAUUUCAUCUCCUAUUGUGUGUUCUCCUGAUUGGUUAUUACCUUUUGAACUUAUGUGUGAUGCUUCUAAUUUUGCAGUUGGAGUGGUUUUGGCUCAAGGGGUUGAGGGGGCACCACAUGUUAUUAGUUAUGCAUCAAAAACAUUGGAUUCUACUCAGAGCAACUACACAACGACUGAAAAAGAGCUUCUAGCAAUUGUUUUUGCUUUGGAUAAGUUUCGGUCUUAUCUUCUUUGUUCUCACGUUAUUGUUUUUUCGGAUCAUGCAGCUCUUAAGUUUCUUCUUAAGAAGGCAGAUGCAAAGCCUCGAUUGAUUAGAUGGAUGCUCUUACUUCAAGAAUUUGAUAUUGAGAUCCGAGAUAGAAGUGGGAAGGAAAACUUGGUGGCUGAUCACUUGAGUAGAAUUGAAAAUGAAGGAGAUAUUACACCGAUUGUUGAUUCAUUCCCCGAUGAGCAAUUUUUUCAUUUGCAAGGUAGAUUGCCAUGGUAUGCUGAUCUUGUUAAUUACUUGGUUGCUAAUGUUUUUCCUUCACAUUUUUCAAAAGCUCAACGUGAUAAACUUAAGAGUGAUGCAAAGUAUUAUGUGUGGGACGAUCCUCACCUUUGGAAAUUUGGUAGUGAUCAAGAAAUUAGGAGAUGUGUAUCUGAUGACGAAUUAGGAGGCUAUUCCCACCAGGACUAA